CUGUACUAAAACCGCACAGCAUGCACGACCUUUCUAACGCUGAUCAUGGAGAAUAUCCCGUAGUCAUGGAACAAGACCAAGGAUAACUUUAAUCAAAAUGAAAAACGUUGUGAAUUCAUGUCCCCAGAACGCCACAGAGGUCUUGGAAUCCUCCACCAGACUGGGCUGUGGUCAGGACAAGUAUGGGAACGAUCAGUACAUCUGUGUUUCUAAUAGAAACAAAACAGGGCUAGUAGAACUAUGUUAUAACGGUGUCAUGGAAUUGAUACAAAGAGGUAACUGUUUGGAAACCGACGGAGAACAACUUUAUUACGUCGAUUGUCUUGGAUUUUCAUCAGGUUGUCCUGGCAACGAUUAUCCAAGCAAUACAAUAUACCAGUAUCCUGCUUGUCAAAGCAUCAAUACUGAACAACAAUGCUAUCUUGCUGAAGUCUCGUGUCCGAACAGCACAGGGAAUGGAGUUAAAACCAGAGAGACUACAGAAACAUCUUCGUUAGACUUAACAACAAUCCGUAGUAGCUACAACUCAACAAUCAAUAUUUUUGAGAGCACGGUCUCGCAGGAGAAACACGACUCUACUGGGAUUAUUGUUGGAAGCCUGGUUGCUGUUGUGUUUAUAACUAUUUUGGUACUGGCUGCUGUUCUUUGGAAAUGGAAAAGAAAUAAAGACAAGAGACGCACACCUAGUUUAGUAGCUAGUGCGUCAAAAGAUGCUGGAGUACCAGAAGAUGAGCAACCUUUGCUGACACAUACAAAUCCUUCUGAUGAUACGAAGAAUUUGCAAGAAACACUAUCCGUAGAGCUGGAACAGCAGGAAAACGUCAAUGAUGUCACCGAUGUCCAUUUCCUUAGUGACUCUGAGAGUUUCAAAGAUGCUUUAGCUAAUAUUAAGUCAAAGGAGAGAGACAAAGAUAUUGCUGAGAUCCGUGUCAAAACAGAACCGAAGAAGAAGAUUCUUUUUAUCCAAGAGACAGAGAUACAUACUGAGAUGGGCAAGAGAAAGCAUGGUGUCCAAAAGUCUGAUGUAAAUAGUGAACUAGAGAGAAGUGAGCAUGAAAUCACUGAAACUCGUGUUAAUAGUGAACAAAAAGAAAGAGAGUAUAUUGUCGCAGAGACUGGUGUCGAUAAUAAACAAGACGAGACAGAGAAUGGUGUCACAGAAGAUGGUUUAAGUACUGAAGAAGAAGAGGAGGGGUUCCCCAGUGAUACAGAGGAGAAUGUCAGUUGUGAUUCUGUUUAUAGCGAUAAGUUCUCCACACUGACUGAUGACAAGGUGUCCGUGUUAUUCUGUUUUCUGUGUUCUGACUCCGGUCCUCCUGACUUCACUGACAAAGAGUGGCUGGACUUGCUUAAUGUGAUACGACAGAAAGUGUACGCUAAAGAGAAUCCUGUAACACGUGAGGAAGCACAGCACACUCUGGACAGACUGAAGUCACGUGAUUACCUUUGGGAAGAUCAGGAAAAGAUAACGGAGGACACAAAGGAUGAGACAAUAGAGAUACAACAGAGAACCUGGAGAGAAGUGUGUCAGUAG